CAUGCUCCAGAAAUUACUACUGUUCCAGAAAAUACCACUGCUCCAGAAACUACUACUGUUCUAGAAAAUACUACUGCUCCAGAACCUACAACCACUACCUUUGCUCCACAUACUCCUGUUCCUACUACCUUUGCUCCACCUACUACUACUACUACUACUCCAGAAAAUACUACUACUACUACUAGUUUUGCUCCAGAAACUACUAUUACUGCCUUUGCUCCAGAAAAUACCACUGCUCCAGAAACUACAACUACUACCUUUGCUCUACCUACUAUUAAUACUACUACCACUGCUCCAGAAACUACUACUGUUCCAGAAAAUACCACUGCUCCAGAAAUUACUACUGUUCCAGAAAAUACCACUGCUCCAGAAACUACUACUGUUCAAGAAAAUACCACUGCUCCAGAACCUACAACUACUACCUUUGCUCCACCUACUAUUAAUACUACUAACACUGCUCCAGAAAUUACUACUGUUCCAGAAAAUACCACUGCUCCAGAAACUACUACUGUUCUAGAAAAUACUACUGCUCCAGAACCUACAACCACUACCUUUGCUCCACAUACUCCUGUUCCUACUACCUUUGCUCCACCUACUACUACUACUACUACUCCAGAAAAUACUACUACUACUACUAGUUUUGCUCCAGAAACUACUAUUACUGCCUUUGCUCCAGAAAAUACCACUGCUCCAGAACCUACAACUACUACCUUUACCCCACCUACUAUUAAUACUACUACCACUGCUCUAGAAACUACUACUGUUCUAGAAAAUAGCACUGCUCCAGAAACUACUACUGUUCCAGAAAAUACUACUGCUCCAGAAACUACUACUGUUCCAGAAAAUACCACUGCUCCAGAAACUACUACUGUUCUAGAAAAUACCACUGCUUCAGAACCUACAACUACUACCUUUGCUCCACCUACUAUUAAUACUACUACCACUGCUCCAGAAACUACUACUGUUCUAGAAAAUACCACUGCUCCAGAAACUACUACUGUGCUAGAAAAUAGCACUGCUCCAGAAAGUCCUAUUCCUAGUACCACUGUACCAGGUCCAAAUAAUACUUCAAAUACUACCACUCCUCCAAAUACUACCAUUAUCCCUAAUAAUACCACUUCUCCAACUACUACUACUCCAACUACAACUACUACUACCACCACUACUCCAACUACUACCACUACUACUUCCACUACUCCAACUCCAACUACUACUACCACUACUCCAACUCCUUGGUAA